AUGGAGGUAGAAAGCAAACCAGAGCGCCAGAAUGUGUCCACAGAUUCCAUAAUUGAAGAGCUGAAAGCCCUAGCAAGGCACAUGUUGCACGCUACUGAGGAUGCCCGACGAAGAACACGUUGCAUUGGUGACUCAAACUCCUAUGGGGUUCUUUUAAGUGCACUUGAAUCGUCAGCACCGGGAACAAAUCGCGUAAACGGAUCGACAGCCGCUUACUAUCAUUACGAUCCUGGUAAUACGUUUUCUGUCUCGGGAGGUACUGAGUUGGGGGAAAGAAUUAGUGAUAAUGUGCCAUUUUCAUUGAAUGAUUCCGAAACGAAAAUGGAGAAGAGAAUAACUUCAAAACAGGACAUAUACUAUGCCGAAUUGGAUAAUCAAGAAACUUCUAUUUCAGAGAAGGAUGAAGAUGAGCUUAAAGACGCUGCUGAAGAUACUCACCAUUUGAGUCGGCAGAAACUCCCAUCAAUUACACGUCUGACAGCUGUUGACUAUUCUGGGUAUUCUGAAGAAAACGUUUAUGAUGGUGUAAAAACACACGUUGUAUUUAAGGCAGUUGAUCCUAUGAUAUAUAAAGAGAUAAGUGGUUGCACCUGGCUUCCCGAACCACUAUUGCUUUGUCUUGAUACGGGAGAGACAAUUGAAGAUGACAGUGAAGACGAAACAGCUGACAGUGAUGAGAUGGAAGAGGAUACUAAAUCGAAUAAGAAAAAGGUUUUUCGGGUUCCUUCUUUUCCUUUUGGUGGUGGUGUGACAGAAGCACAAGCCCAAUUACUAAGCAAAAUGUUUAGUGAGAGUAUGCGCAGUUGUGAUUUAACAACUUUGACCAGACCAAAGUAUAUUACAAAGAAUGAAUUCAUAAAUUAUGAAUAUGAAGAAUGUGCUACAACGGGAGAGUCUCGUAAUUCUUUUAUUCCGAACUCGCCUUUUGACUUUGUGGUGGAACUUGAGAGAGAUGUGGUUUUUGACGCCGUCCGGGCGCGUGAAGAGCGGCGUCGUGAGUUUCGACGUCUGGCUGAGGAACGAAAGGCCCCAGUAACUAUGGGAUCAUUUAAUCUUCGCGUGAUCAUGGAUCCUUUAAAAACAGGGUUUGAGGAAGAAAAAACAUUUCCCAUUAAGAGUGGCGCAAUUAUCGCCGAUCGCUAUCAAAUUAUAGAAUUGCUAGGAAAAGCAACAUUUAGUCGAGCAGUUCGCUGCUAUGAUUUGCAACAACCGUUUUACGAGGACUGUGAUGAGGAAGAAAAUGACCCCGAAACAGAGUGUGCCUCUGAUCAUGACUCUAAGGAGAACGAAUCUGCAGAAGGAGGAAAAAAGAAAAGAAUCACUGGUUACGCUGAGGUAUGUCUUAAAAUUAUCAAUAACUCGAAAGAUUUUUUUGAUCAGUCACUGGAUGAAAUUCGUCUGUUGACACUUAUCAACAAAUAUAAAGAUCCUGAUAAGGCCCAUGUGGUGCGUCUUAUUGACUGUUUCUAUUAUAAAGAACACACAAUGUUGGUAACGGAGUUACUCUCAGACAACCUGUAUGAAUAUUCUAAAUACAACCGCGAAGAAGAGGAUACAUUUUACUUUACUAUUCCGCGUCUUCGUCGUAUCGCUCGCCAGAUUGCUGAGGCACUCGCUUAUGUGCAUAGCCUAAAUCUUAUUCAUGCCGAUUUGAAGCCAGAGAAUAUAUUGUUUGUCUCACAUCGCCGUUGCGUGGUAAAGGUGAUUGAUUUUGGCAGUAGUUGUUUUUUGAGUGAUCACCUCAGCUCUUAUAUACAGAGUCGCAGCUAUCGUGCUCCUGAGGUAAUUUUUGGUUGUGAUUACGAUGGACGCAUCGACGUGUGGUCUCUUGGUGCAAUUUUGGUUGAACUCGUUACAGGUGAGGUUCUAUUUACGUCUGAGACAGUUCCAGAGAUGCUUGCUCGUAUUGUUUAUGUUUGUGGACAACCCUUUCCACGAAGAAUGCUGUGGGAGGGUCGACAUACAUCCAAGUUUAUAAAUAAGUUUGGUUGUAUCUAUGAACAAGGGAGUAAAGAUGGGGAUGAUUCGGCAGAAGAUUCUUCAUAUUAUUAUUUAUAUACUCCAGUCUUUCAAUCAAAGGACUCUCAGGAUGUGAAUGAACAAACAAUGCAUAAAAAGAAGAGUGACACUCCUGAUUUGGGAGGAACUGAGGAAACACUCCUCCAUGAAGGUCCUUAUAGUGUGCUUCGACAUAAAAUUGCAGCUCAUAAUAUUACGGAUGAAUCUUUUCUGUCGUUUGUAGAGGCGUGUUUGACGCUUGAUCACAAGAAGCGGCCGAGGAGCAAGGAACUUUUGUAUCAUCCUUUUCUUACUCAGUCCGAUUGA